AUGGUGGCGCAGGCGCUCUACACGCUAAGCAAGGCUGACUUCGACCACUACUACAAGCUCUACUGCAAUGCGUCGGGCCUGUCGCUGCCACCCAACUGGCAAUGCCCCCUGGGUGGCGAAGCACCCCAGGGUGCCGCGGUGGACCUCUACCAGCUGUACCAGUCGAUAGUGACCCGCGGCGGCAUCGCCGCCGACGCGCCAGACCCGGAUUGGCUCUCGCUCGCCCGCGCCGCCGCGCCGCCGCCGCCGCCUGCCGGCGCGGCACCGGCACCGGCGGGGGCGGCGGCGGCGGCGGCGGUGCGGCAGCUGUACCAGGCGCGCGUCCGAGGUUUCUUGGAUUUCAUGGCAGAUCUGGUGCUACAAUACGAGAUCGCAAAGCGCGAGGGCGCGGCGCGCGCGGCGGCCCAGCAGGGCGCGCCCCGCGGGCAGUACGGGCACCGCCACCAGCGGCAGCGGGCCCCGCAGGCCCCCGCCGCACCCGCCGCCGCCGAGAAUGGCAGCUGCGGGUAUGCGGCCGAGAGCGGGUCCGACGUGCCGGCGCACGAGCAGCAGCAGCAGCAGCAGCAGCAACGGCAGCGUCCGGGCUCGUCCGGCCUUCACCACCUUGACAGCCGCCCGGCCAGCCAGCGCCCCGCCGGGCGCGGCGCGGCGCCCGCCGGCGGCAGGGGCGGCAUCGUGCGCCUGGGGCAGCAGCAGGCCCAGCCGGCGCCGCGCCAGCAGCAGCGCCAGUCGUCGCUCGCGUCGCGGCCCGCCGCGCGGUCGCCGGCGCCCGAGGUGCCGGACCCGGUGCCUGGCGACCGCCUGCGCAGCGCGCUCGCCUGGGUGCGUGGGGCGUCGCUGGGGCUGGCCGAGAAGCCGUAUGCUGACGUCACCGCCGUCAACGCGGCGCUGUGGCGCCGCUACCGCGGCGCGCUCGGGCGCGCCGCGGCGGCGUCGCGCGCGGCGCUGCCGCUGGAGCUGUACCCGCUUUUCGGCGCGGAGCCGCCGGCGGCGCCGCGGCGGAGCGGGCGGACGCGCGCGCAGGCGCAGGCGCGGGCCAGCACGCGCGGCUCAAGCGAGGAGGCGGACGCCGCCGCGGCAGCGCGCAGCGAACCCGAGGAGGAAGCGGAAAAGGCAGAGCUCGGGGUCAUCCGCGUCGGCCCCCACGCGCAGGCGGAGCUGCCCGCCUGGGGCCCGCGCCCCGCCAGGCCCUCGGCCGCGGCGGCCGCGGCCGGGCCCGAGCUGCAGCGGCUCGCGUCGAAACCGCUCUACUCCCCAGGUCGCGACCGCGAGCCUCGAAGUGGCGGCGCAGCGGCCGCCGCCGCAGCAGCCGCAGCCGCAAAGGCAGGCAAGCGGGCGGCGGCCGGCGUUGAGGGCGUCGGGCGCUCCCUGGCCAAGGGCCGGACGUCGCUGCAGGCGUCGUACUCGGACUGGGCGGGCGUCAUGGCGCGCCUGAGCAACGAGCAGCAGCGGCAGGACCUGCUGAGGGGGGCUCUGGCCCAGCUGGACGAGGAGAUUGGGCCCGAGCUGGUGCAGAGGCUGGGGCUCACCGAGCUGGGGUGCAAGCUACGCGCAGACUGGAGCGACGCUGACGAGGCGUCCUUCGCGCUGGGCAUGCUGUGGCUGCGGCGCCCCAACAGGAGCGUCCAGCGGCGCUACCUGCCGCACAAGACGCUGCACCAACUGCAGUCCUAUUACUACAACGUGUGGAAGCUGCGCGGCACCCAGCUGGCUGACCUGUAUUAUGAGAUGGAGCCCUACCAGCGCAAGACAGCCACAGACCGCAAGCUAGAGCGCGCAGAGGCCGAGAAGCGGGCGGACGUGUACGAGGCGCGCGUGAACCAAUUGCUGGAGGCAGCGCAGCUCAAGCAGAAGUUGGAGGCUAAGGCAAAGGCGCAGUCCGCGGCGGCCGCGGCCAAGGCAGCGGCGGCGGCGGUGGGCGGGGGCGGCCAAAAGGGGGACAAGGGGGCGGCCGCGGCCGGGAAGGCAGGCGGGAAGGCGGCGGCGGCGGUGGCGGGCGGCGAGAAGGGGGCGGCCGGCGGGGCGGCGGCGGGGUCGCGGAAAGCGGCGGGCGCGAAGCGGCCGGCAGAGGCGGCGGACGGCGGCGGCAAGGCCGGCCAGGCUGGCAGCAAAAAAGCCAGGACGGCUGCGGCUGCUGCACCGGUGGCGGCAGCAGAAGCGCCAGCAGCAGCGCCAGCAGCAGCUCCAGCGCCCGCGGCAGCGGCGAAGGCGGCGCCAAAAGCAGCGGCGGCUAAGGCGGCACCCAAGGCCGCGACGGCGUCCAAAGCUGCGGUGUCGAAAGCGGCCGCGCCCAAGAAGG